AUGUCGUCAACGUCGUCGUCCGUGCGACGGUACCAUCCGAAACACGGAGACGACGAUAUCGGGUACGAAGACGGGGAGAGGCGGCCCCGGCGCAGGGCGGUCGGGGACGACGAUGAUAUGGGCAGGCGCGGGGGGAGCAUGCGCGAGCGGGGGGAUGGCGGGUUUGAACACACUCCCCGCACGCCCCCCCCGCGCAUGCGCUCAAGAUACGCGGAUGAGGGCGGGCCAAUGCGGUCUCCGCUUAGGCGGAGGCCCGCGGGGGAAAGAGAUCUGCACCGCCCGCCGUCCCGCCAGAGCUCUCACGCCUCGGAUGCGGGGGACCCUGGCUCCGCGUUCUUCCCGCGCCCGCCCUCGCGGAGCAGCGGAGCGGGGGGGGAUAUGCCCGCGCCCAGCCCCUCGGGAAGGCUGCGAAGCGCAGCGAGCAGGCGGGGUGCGGCGGAACACGGGGAAGCGGGGGCGCGUCCGCGGACGCCGACGGGGAUGGAGAUGGCGGGACGGAUGGGGUUUGCGGGGGAGGGGCUUAGCCGCCCGAAAACUGCGGAUGUGCAUGGGCGGAGGGCGGGGGUCCCCCGGUCCGCGUCGACCACUGAGGGAACUCCGCUGGCGGGCAUGCUUUCCAAGGAGCGGGGGGAAAAGGGGGUUCCCCGCUCCGCGUCCGAAUUGGUGGAUGAGGAGGAGGACGGGGGGGGGUAUGGGGGCCACAGGGGGGCGCGGUACAGUGGCGCAAUGCGGUCGAGAACGGUCGCGGGACCGGGGGAAUACGAUGACGAGGAGGAGGCGGAGGAGGAGGAGGAGCUGCGCGCAAUGGAGGAGAAGGAGCGCAGGCGCAGGCGCGCGGAACGCGCGCGCAGGAUGCGCGAGGACGUCCCCGAGGGGAGCCAAAUGGAGGGCGAGGAUGCGUUUGACGAGGAUUUCGACGAUGAGGAUGGCGGAUAUGGGCGGAUGGGGACCGGGGGCCGGGGGGAGAGGGAGCCACGGAGGGGGUACAGGCGGCGGGAGGAGGAUAUCAUGAGGGAAGAGCACAGACGAUUAGCGUUGGAGUUAGAAAGAGAGAGGGAGGAGAGGCGGAAGCUUGCAGAGGAGCUGAAACGGCUUGAGAGGGAGACGAAGGAGAGGGAGGAGAGGAGGCGGAUGGAGAAGGAACGCAGGCGCGCGGAAAAGGAGAAGCUAGUGGCGGAAGUGGCGGCGCUGCAGCUGCCUGCGGGGGCGGACGCGGAGGACGGGGGGACGGGGGAGGGGAGGCGGACUCCGCGCAUGGGCGGAGGGAUGCUUUCCCCUUUCGGCGGAAGGCAGAAAACGCCUGAGCGGGAGCGGAGAGGGGGGAAUCGGCCAAUGACACCUGAGAGGAGACCUGUAACACCUGAGGGUAUGCAGGCUAGACUGACCAGAAAAAAUCGGGAGGUGAUUCGGGCAGCCCGAAAAGAAGCAGCGGCAGGCGGGCAGGCGGAAAAGGCUGGGGAUGGGGGGCAGGCGGCGCUGCAGCAGGUGCUGGUUAACAUCCUGAAGCGGCCUUUUGCGGAUGUCAGGGAGUCUUAUAAGGUGGAUAAGAGCGAGCUGGGGCGGGGCAGGUUUGGGGUGAUCCGAGCCUGUGUGGAUCGGGUGACGGGGGAGAGGCUCGCGUGCAAGACGAUCAGCAAAGGCAUGCUGCAGUGCCAGCAAGACAUAGAGGACGUGCGCAGGGAGGUGGCGGUGAUGGAGAUGCUGCAGGGCCACCCAGACGUGGUCAACCUCCGGAGCACAUUCGAGGAUGCACAGGACGUGCAUCUGGUGAUGGAGCUGUGUGAGGGGGGGGAGCUGUUUGACCGCAUUAAAGCCAAGGGCAAGUUCAGCGAGGCGGAGGGAGCGCGGGUGCUGCGCACGGUGAUGGGCGUGCUGCAGCACUGCCACGACCUGGGGGUCAUGCACCGCGACUUAAAGCCUGAGAAUAUUCUGCUCAACAGCAAGGAGUCGGAUACGGAUCUCAAAGUGAUUGACUUUGGCGUCGAAACCUUUUUCCAAAGAGGCAAGCCGUGCACGGACAUGGCAGGUAGCCCUUAUUAUCUGGCACCAGAAGUGUUGGCGGAAAAAUAUGGUCCAGAAGCCGACAUCUGGAGUGCGGGUGUGGUGCUCUACAUCCUGCUGUGCGGCCUGCCGCCCUUCUGGGGCACCACCAACGAGGCCAUCUUUGAAGCAAUCAAAGAGGCCACACUCAACCUCGUUCGUCCGCCCUGGCCUAGUAUCUCGGAGGAGGCAAAGGACCUUGUGCGCCAGAUGCUCAACCGGAACCCGAAGAAGCGCAUUACGAUUGAAGAGAUUCUAGAGCAUCCUUGGAUCGUGAAGAAUGCAGGCCCACCAUAA